GUGUAAAAUGAGUUUUAGAGAACCGUUGAUAGAUAGAAAAGAAGAUGUUUAUUCUAUUCUUCGAACUUAUUACGACCAGUUUUCUUCAGUUGACGGAGAAUUGAACAAUGUACGUCCUGCAGCUUGCUUUUCCCCUCAUGUCUUUGGAGCUGGGAAGAGUUUUCUUGGUGAAAAUUUCUUAGAGUUUCUAAAAAAAUUCGCCGAAGAAGAAGAAGAGCAGAAAGAGACGGAGGUUUCCACUGGCCAUUGCACUGAAAGCAACAAGAGUUCAUCGGGAAAAGUUGACACUAAGAUUUUUUCUUGGAAACUCUUUGCAGAACAAACUUUGUCAGUUGUCUUAGAACUAGACAAAGAUCUGUAUCGUUAUUUUCGAUCAUGUUUUCGGAAAACUUUAACGCAUGGCAUUGUCUUUAAAGCCUUUCUUGAAAAUGGUAGGAUACAGGAUGCCGCUCAAGUUGCUUCAACGGUAGCCAGGGAACUAAACGUGGACGAUGCCAUUGAUUAUCUCCUCAAGCAGUUUCAGAAACAAUAUUUAUUUUUGAUGAUAGACGAACUUAGCGGCCUGAGUAACCUUGCCGAAGACUAUAGUGAACUCGACGAGAAACAAUUUAUCGAGUCUGACUCAAAAUAUGUACCUUUUCGUGAGUUUUUCCGAGUUUUACGUGAUUUUUUGGUUACAGGAAAGGUAAUUGUCUACUUGGCAGGUCGCACAGAUGAAAUCUUAUCCUGCCCAAAUGAUACUCUUUCGAAUGGCGUAAGUCUCCAUAUGUUGCGGUUGAAUCCCUUUAACCGCAAUGAUAUUUACGAAUAUCUUGAGCUGGCAACUUAUGAUGGAAAGUCCUUGAAGGACUGGUUAUUGCCCUCGGUUGUUUUGCGACAUCGAUUCUUAGAAUUGUUGAAAAAGAAGACGGGGGGUAUUCCGUUGAUUGUAAAGAAUGCUUUAUUAGCCCUAGUAGAGGAAGUUGCAAACUUAUCGCUACCUGCUAUCAACGAUGACAAUAUGGAACGUUUAUUAGAUGGUGUCUUUAGCAGUAUAGUACUACUAGAGACGAUAACGUUUAUUAUUCCAGAGAUAUCAGACUCCGCAACCCUUCUUCAAUAUCAAUUUGUCCUUUUGAAUUAUCAGCUCGGAACAGUUUUUCCAAUUAACUUUGCAAUCACUGUUUGUGGAACGAAAACUUAUUUGAUGGACUUGCUUGCAACUUUUGGUUUUUACUCUGAAUUUUGUGAAACUGAAGGGGUUUAUUCGGGCAAUGAAUUCAAGAUUGGUUGUUGUGAGUUUAUAUUGAGAAUUCAUAACAGGCGUGACUUUUUCCGUAAGGCUACUGAACUCUUGCCUUUAUCUCCGUUUAGUUAUAUUUCCGAUACUGCAACAGCAAAAAGAGUCUUCUUUCAAUUUGUAUUUUUGAGGAUCCUUCGCUUUCGCUUAGUAACUUUUCUUCGUUCUAGUUCCUGGGAGAUUGUGCAUUCUGCUAUUCCAGGAAUUUUCCAAGGAUCUUUUAUUGAACAGGACAAUGUUUCUUAUUCUUUGGAAUCAGCAAUAUGUUAUGAUAUACCCAUCUUGAGAGAUGUCUCUGUUUCAUUUUCUGACCAUUAUAGAAAACAUUUACAACGUUGUGGUAUUUUUGUUCCAAAAGAUGGCAAUUUUGGUUGUCCUGAUGCAUAUGUUGUAUUCCAUAAUGGACAAAUACAUUAUGUUGUUGGAUUUUCAUUCAAAUUUUAUAACAAAACUGAAUUUUCGAAAGGAGAUAUUGAGGAGGAAGCCAAAAAAUUUUUCCAAGGAAUCAUGUCCGUUUUGAAUGACGAAUCUUUUUCAUCUGUUCAACUUCGUUUUCAGUUUGUGGUUGUUUGUACUAGUUAUGGUCGAUCUGUAGCUUUCUCUAGUGAAGAACAGAAUAUUGUUGAAGAUGCAAGUUAUUUUGUAACUGAACAUUCUUCGAGAUCAACUUUGAAUGAAAGUAGUCGAUCACGACUGCAAUUGGUCAUUGUUUCUAAAAGGAAUCUUGAAAGAUGUUUAGGAAGAUCACUUGCUGAUUCUCUAGCCCAAAUUCGUGAGGCAAGUGGAGAAGAGAUGAGUGACAAGUUUUCAGAAUGGAGUAAAGCUAUCUUUGAGUCGAUGUCCAAUAAAUCAUCUUUGGAAGCUGAGCAGUCAAAUGUUACUUCAAGAGUGGCUCAACAUAUAGGACGGAGAACAAAUGAGGAGAAUAGUAUGCAAAUGGAAAGUUUUCAAAGUGCUAUGCAAGUAGAACAUGCACGAAGCGAACGAAGUGUUGCAGCAUCGAGUUCUUUGUCUUCCUCAUUUGAUUGGAAUACAUUUUUAAGACAACGUUGUGGUCUUUCUGAAGAAGAAGUUGGCUAUUGUUUUACGAAACUUUCAAGGUUUGGCAGAGUUUCGCUUUCCAGACUCAAUGAAGAUUCGUUACUUCGCAUGGGUAUCAAUGAUCCCACCGUAAUAGCCAAACUGCUUAUUGGCAUUACUGAAGAGUUUUCUAACUUUAGAAUAUGAACGGAUCCAUUACAUGGAGUGGUGAUAAGACUAAAUAAAGUUUGGAGGAAGCUCUUACUAUCUGAUACUAGUUGGAUUGAUAUGAAAUCGACAUU